UAUGGGCAGGCAACUUGCGAUAAACAGAGCCGGUUUACACCUGUGGCCUCCUCCCAGUUCUCCAUACAUCCCUCCUCCCUUCCCUCAGUCAUUGUUUCCAUUCAGACUCAACCUGAGCUGCUCUCAGCUGAAUAGCAGCAUUGUAUUACUCCCUGGCCUGUCUUCCUCACCAGCUGUAUUUAUGAGUAGUGGAAAUGGCUCAUUUCAUUGCAAUGGACCAUGUUGUUUUGCUGCUGGUGUGUGUUGCUCCAGUGGUUCAGUGCUAUGGCUCAGGUCGAGUUAUGGAAAGCUGUGGAGACAUGCAACCCCACCACGCUGGACAGAGCCCACAGACAGGACCUGCACCCUUCACCAUCACCACCGACCGCAGCCGCUACAGACUGGGAGAGGCAGUGACAGUUCAGCUCCAGGCUCCGCCCUCCACUCGAUUUAUUGGUUUCCUGUUGCAGGCUAGAGAGGUGGGGGGACAGUCUGCUGUGGGCUCCUUUGCUCUGACAUCAGCAGCUGUUCAGCGCCUCACCUGCAACCAGAAACCUAACUCAGCUGUAUCCCACACAUCAGCAUCUGUUAAGACCUCCAUUCAGGUGACUUGGAUAUCAGAAGCAUCAGCAGACCCAAAACCUGUUCAGUUUCAUGCAUCCUUCGUGCAGGAUUACAAAACAUUCUGGGUUGACGUUAAAUGUCCUGCCCUGAUUUUCGCCAACGACAGUACUGGUGGAUCUAGUGGAUCUGGGACAAGUCUCAUGACUACACCAACAAUGGCAGCUACAAUACAGCAACCUGCACCCCAUGUUAAAAGUACAAUAUCCAGUGCAGGCUGCGGUGUCACUAAGGUGUGUUUCAGUCAGCCUUCAAACUGUGACCCUUCAGUCAGUGCUGAUUGUUAUUUCAUGUCAGCCACGAUGGUGUCUCCCAGUGAUGCAGCUGUCCGCUUUGAGAUGAUAGGUCCUUCCGAUGGAUACAUUUCUUUUGGAUUCUCAGAUGAUCAGAUGAUGGGAAACGAUGACAUUUAUAUUUGUGGUAUAGGCAGUGAUGGCCUGGUGCAGGUACAGCAUGCCUUUUCAACAGGACGAACAACUCCACAAGCUUUUCCUCCGGAUAAUGUUUCAGAUGUAAGAGCAUCGGUGCAGGACACAGUGAUUAGCUGUUCCUUCACUUCCAUGAACACCUUGUCGACUCAGAGGACCACUGGCUUCAACAAAACCUACUAUCUCAUAUUUGCCCAUGGGCCAAGCAGCAACG